AUGUACUUCCCGCCCGGCGUGGAGCCGCCCCACGGCUGGGCGCAGGCCCAGGUCGCCCGACCCGGCGGUGCCUUCAGCGGCGACGACGAAAGCCGCGACCGCAGCGGCUCCUCUCGCCCCGUGUUCCCGCCAACCGACUCCUCCAGCGACGGCUACAAGUGGUGGCCGCCUACGGCCUUCAGCGACCCACGGCACUACUCCACCAAUUCCGACUGGGACCGCUCCAGUCCUCGAGUCGGCGAUCCCGACUUGAGACCAGUCGUCCAGCCGGGCCCUGGCGUCCUGCCGGAGCCAAGUGCCCAGCGAGAGCCAGUGGCCAAGCUAGACGCAACGGCCCAGCCAGAGUCGGCGGCUCAGCCGGAACCAGCGGUCCAGCCGGAGCCAGCGCUCCAGCGGGACACGGCGGCCUUGCCGGAGCCCGUUAGUGAGAACGUGAGGGUCCAGAUGGCCCUGAAGGACGCCGGCAUCGUCAUUCCCGAGUCGGGCCAGGUCCUCGACGAACCCUCGCCGGGCACGCUGGAAGACAUCCGGGCCCGCAAGGAACGGCUGAAGCCGAGGAGGGGAACGCGGAAUCGCAAGUCCGACGAGGACUUCCCGCCCCUCUCGGACAUCGCACCGGUUUCGGAGGGCAAGACGGCAGGCCCCCGAGCCUCCGGGAUCCGAGACUCCGGCACCCGAGGUUCUGGCACCCGGGGUUCUGGGACCGUAGGCGCAAGAGUCGGAGGCGCCGGGGCCGGGGGCCGGGUUUCGGAGACGGGCCGGGUUUCAGAGAGCAGAGGCGGGACCCGGGUCUCAGAAAUUCGGGACUCCAGAGGGUCUGGCCCGAGAGCGUCUGGCGCUAGAGAGACUGAGGGCAGAGGCCCAGGCAACGAAGCCAGAACCCGGGGCGGCCGCAGCGGUGGCAGAGGCGGCCGGGGGCCGAGAGUGGAGAGUGCGGGAGGCGACGACUCCGGACGGCGCCAGAGCCUGACGGGUAAGGACCCUGGUCGUCCGGCUGGUCGCGGAACCGCGAGCCGGAACCGCCGCAAGGGCGACGAGCUGCCACCGACCGACCGUCCUGGGCAGGACCGGGGCGGGCAGGACCGGAACGGGAAGGACCGCAGUGGGAAGGACCGUAGUGGGCAGGACCGUAGCGGGCAGGACCGUAGUGGGCAGGAUAGGAACGCGCAGGAUAGGAGCGCUCAGGACCGGAGCGGCAGGGGCGGCGGCGCUAAAGACAGCCCGCCGAAGGAGGCUUCGGCCCAGGUGGUUCCACCCAAGAACACCAACAAGGCCGCCGACUCUGGCAAGCCUACGGACACCGGCAAGGUCACACUCAAGGGGGGUCGAAGAGGCGGCAGAGGCGAGGGACCGGCGGAGCAGUCCGUCAAACCGGCCAGUGCCGAAGGUGCAGGCGUCGUUUCUCCGGUGGCCGUCGAGGCUGGAACGACAGCUGAAGCUUCUGCCCUAAAGGGUGCUGAACGUAGUAGGGCUGCGGAGGCCGGGAAUGGCGACCGACGGAAGAAGAACAAGAAGGGGGCAGCGAGCCCGAAGGCAGCGAGCCCGAAGGCAGUAGGAACCCCGACCGCAGUAGGAAGUCCGAAAACGGUGGGAAGCUCGAUGACGGUGGGAAGCCCGAAAGCAGCAGCGGGAAGCCCGAAGACGGUGGGAAGUCCGAAGACGGUGGGAAGUCCGAAAAUGGUGGGUAGCCCGAAAGCAUCAGGAGGUCCGAAAAUGGUGGGGAGCCCGAAACUAGUUAUGGUGGAUAACGGAGCAGCCAAAACUGGCGGUGGCACUACGAUCCAAGUGGGUGGUACCAAGCCCGUGGGUGAGGGCAAGGGCCAGGGCAGUGCCCCGCGCCCCGCAGCUACUCCUGCCGUACCGAGUCCAGGCGCCCCAACAGGGGGGGGCGGUUCUGCUACGCCGAGCCCAGCGGGGGUUCCGACUAGAAGCCCGGGGACCCCGUCUCCGGGGUCGCAGAAGGCAGCCAGCGGUCGCGCUGCAGGCAAGGCAGCGACCGCCGGAUUGAAGAGGAAGAAGGGCGCCAAGCGGUCGCCUCUGGACACUCCGGAAGAGGGCCCUUCACCUGCCGCAGUUCCAUCACCAGUCAGGACAGCGGGCGAGUCACCCGUUAGGACAACGGGCAAGUCACCCGUUGGAACAGCGGGUAAGUCACCCGCCAGGGCAAUAG